CCCUCUUGCCUCGACUGCAUUAUAACCUAACGCCUAAGUCCUAAAUAUAACGCCUAACGCCUAAGCUCGAACCCUACACUAUAUCCCCACUGCGCGGAGAUAAUGUCUACCUCCGGCGGGCUAGUCCAUGCGCUCAACCCUUAUAACAUCAGGCUUAUUAACAAGUCAUAUGGGCUCGAACCUCAAACUGAUGAUUUAGUAGCUCCUUUCUGGCUGUUGUUUGGGGCCACCGAUACUUUCAACUUUCUCCUCGGCACACAUUCGCAAUAGACAACCGUCAGCAGUUACGUCACGAUGGUCAAAACUCUCCCCUUUGCCGACAUCGAGGUCCCGGUCCCCGGCUUUGGGGCAAUGGGAUUCAACCAUGGCCUCGGGACAAACCUCACUUUGGAACAAGCCGAGCCGGUUCUGCUCAAAGCCCUUGAGCUUGGAUGCACAUUCUGGGACACAGCCGUUGUCUACGGGCUCGGAGUUAACGAGAAACUCCUUGGCGACUUCAUCCGCAAACACAAUGUUCGCGACAAGAUCUUCCUUGCCUCCAAGUGCGGUAUCGACCUUGCAUCCCGGCGCGAUAUCGACAUGUCCACUCCGCAGAUGACCGUCACCAACAAGCCUUCCCACAUCAGGGAGUACAUCGAGGGCACUAUUGAGAGGCUUGGAUCUGCUCCUGACCUAUACUACCUCCAUCGCAUUGAUCCGGACACGCCCCUUGAAGAAUCGAUCCCCGUCCUCGACGAGCUACGACGGACGGGCAAGACGAAAUAUAUUGGACUCUCGGAAUGCUCGGCGGCGACGUUGCGCAAAGCACACUCCAUCGCCAAGAUCGACGCCGUCCAGGCAGAGUACUCGGCCUUCGAGACACUGCACGAGACCGACGGGCUGAUCGCCACGGCCCGCGAGCUGGGCAUAGCCUUCGUGGCCUACGGCCCGCUGGGCCACGGCUGGUUGGUGGACGACUUCGCGUACGACAGCCCGGACGCCUUCGCGCCCACCGACUACCGCCGCAGCGUGCCGAAAUUCCAGGGCGAGAACUUCUACCGCAACCGCGCCAUCGUGCGCGAGAUGCAGAAGCUCGCCGCCAAGAAGGGAAAGGGGUGCACCACGGCGCAGGUCGCCCUCGCCUGGGUUGCUGCCCAGGGGUUUAUUGCGAUCCCCGGCACGACUAAGCCCCAUCGGCUGGAGGAGAACUGGGCGUCGCGCGAGGUGGAGUUGACGGAGGAGGAGAUGGUCGAGAUGCGGCGCAUUGUUGAGGAGGCUAAGCCAAGCGGGGAUCGGUAUGGGGAGACGCUGCAGAAGUUGGUGGGUCAUUAGAUGAUGAUGAUCAUAUGGAUGAGGAGUACCUAGGCGGGCAAAACGCGACUGGUGGUCGUGUACAAUACCUCGAGUUGGGAGUUGUUUCCUGGAUUAGACUUGUCAAUGGU